AUGUCUGUCUCUCCACAGCCUCCUCUCAUCCAGGCCAUCUUCAGUGGAGACCCUGAGGAGAUCCGUAUGCUCAUUUACAAGUCUGAAGACAUCAAUGCACCGGAUUCAGAAAAACGCACACCGCUUCAUGCAGCAGCUUUUCUGGGCGAUGCUGAAAUCACAGAGAUCCUUAUACUCUCAGGGGCCAGAGUCAAUGCCAAAGAUAACAUGUGGCUCACCCCCCUGCAUCGUGCGGUUGCCUCUCGAAGUGAGGAGACGGUGAGCAUGUUAAUCCGGCACUCAGCUGAUGUGAACGCUCGGGACAAGAACUGGCAAACUCCGCUGCAUGUCGCCUCUGCCAACAACGCCCUGAGGUGUGCCGAGGUCAUCAUCCCGUUGCUGAGCAGCGUCAACGUGUCUGACCGAGGAGGGCGCACCGCUCUACACCAUGCUGCCCUCAAAGGUCACACAGAGAUGGUGAACCUGUUGCUUUCAAAAGGAGCCAACAUCAACGCAUUUGAUAAGAAAGACAGCAGAGCAUUGCAUUGGGCCGCCUUCAUGGGUCAUCUGGAUGUGGUGUGUUUGUUGGUGAACCAGGGGGCAGAGAUCAGCUGUAAGGACAAAAGGGGCUACACUCCGCUCCACGCAGCAGCCUCGAGUGGACAGAUUGCUGUGGUCAAGCAUCUGCUCAACCUGGCAGUAGAAAUAGAUGAGGCGAAUGCAUUUGGAAACACAGCUCUGCACGUGGCCUGUUUUAACGGUCAGGACACAGUUGUCAAUGAGCUCAUCGACUAUGGGGCUAACGUGAGCCAGCCCAACAACAAGGGCUUCACUCCUCUGCACUUCGCCGCCGCCUCCACCCACGGAGCGCUCUGUUUGGAGUUCCUUGUCAACAACGGCGCGGAUGUCAAUGUGCAGAGUCGAGAUGGAAAAAGCCCUCUUCACAUGACGGCUGUACAUGGACGAUUCACCCGCUCACAGACCCUCAUUCAAAGUGGUGGGGAGAUUGACAGUGUGGAUAAAGAUGGUAACACGCCUCUACAUAUCGCAGCCCGUUUUGGACACGAACUCCUGAUCAACACGCUGAUAACAAGUGGAGCAGACUGCACAAGGCGAGGAAUCCAUGGCAUGUUUCCUCUUCAUCUGGCCGCCCUGAACGCACACUCAGACUGCUGCCGGAAACUUCUGUCCUCAGGUCGGAGGUUUAGCAUUUUGUGUAACGACUCGGUCCUGUCUGCAGGCUUCCAGAUUGACACCCCGGACACUCUGGGCAGGACGUGUCUGCACGCUGCUGCUGCUGGAGGUAAUGUGGACUGUGUGAAGCUGCUUCUGAGCAGUGGUGGGGAACACAACAGGAAGGAUAACUGUGGAAGGACCCCUCUCCAUUAUGCAGCUGCCAGUCGUCAUUACCAGUGCCUGGAGACACUAGUAGCCUGUGGCACUGCCAUCAAUGCCACGGACAAGUGGGGACGCUCUGCUUUGCACUAUGCUGCUGCCUCCGACCUCGACAGGAGGCGUCGAGUUGCUCUGGAGCCUGAGAGUGAAGGAGUACAGGCAGAGAAAGAGAAAGAAGCAGCCCUAUGUUUAGAGUUUCUGCUGCAGAGUGGAGCCACAGCUUCUCUCAAAGACAAACAGGGCUACAGUCCAGUCCACUACGCUGCUGCCUACGGACACCGGCACUGUCUCAAACUAUUGCUGGAUAGAGAUGAUAGUUUCCAAAAUCCAGAAUCUCCAAAUGCUAGAAGUCCUCUACACCUGGCCGCAUACCAUGGUCAUGCGCAGGCGUUGGAGGUGCUAUUGCAGGGGGAGAGGGAAGUGGACCAGAGGGAUGAAGCAGGCAGGACCCCUCUGGCUUUGGCUGCACUCAGGGGCCACACAGACUGCGUUCACACCCUCCUCAGCCAGGGGGCGUCACCGAGCACCACCGACAAACAGUACGGACGCACAUCUGUCCAUCUGGCAGUAAUGAAUGGCCAUACAACUUGUGUGCGCCUCCUGCUGGAUGAACCAGACGGUGCAGAUCUAGUAGAUGCCCCUGAUACUCAAGGACAAACUCCUCUGAUGCUGGCUGUAGCAGGAGGUCAUGUUGACGCUGUCUCUUUGUUGUUGGAGAGAGAAGCAAAUGUAAAUAUGGCGGAUAACCAUGGCCUCACAGCUCUUCAUUUAGGGCUGCUGUGUGGUCAGGAGGAGUGCAUCCAGUGUCUGUUGGAGCAGGAGGCCUCAGUCCUCAUCGGAGACUCUAAAGGUCGCACUCCCAUCCACCUGGCUGCAGCGCGGGGACACGCUUCCUGGCUCAGUGAGCUGCUCAGUAUGGCCUGCUCCGAGCCCUCCUCCCUCCCACCUCUCAGAGACCUCCAUGGGUACACACCACUGCACUGGGCCUGUUACUACGGUCAUGAGGGGUGUGUGGAGGUUCUUUUAGAGCAGAAAGGCUGCCGUUGUAUUGAUGGAAAUCCUUUUACACCUUUGCACUGCGCUGUAGUAAAUGACCAUGAACCUUGUGCAUCACUGCUGCUUGAGGCAAUGGGGUCAGACAUAGCAGGCUGCAAAGAUGCUAAAGACAGGACUCCUCUUCAUGCUGCAGCUUUCUCUGGUCAUGUAGAGUGUGUUCAGCUGCUGCUUUCCCAUGAUGCACCCGUGGACGCAGUAGAUCAGUCUGGGCGGACGGCUCUGAUGAUGGCUGCGGACAAGGGAAGAGUCGGGGCUCUAGAGGUGCUGUUGGCCAGUGCCAAUGCAAAUCUUAACCUCACAGACAAAGACGGCAACACUGCACUGCAUCUGGCUUGUGGUAGUGGGAAGGAAGACUGUGUUAUGUUGCUUCUUGAAAAGCUCCCUGAUUCAACACUCAUUAAUGCAACCAACUCUGCACUGCAAACUCCUCUGCAUCUGGCUGCUCGCAGUGGUCUGAAGCAAGCUGUCCAGGAGCUGCUGUCCAGAGGGGCCAAUGUACAGACAGUCGAUGAGAACGGUUUGACCCCUGCUCUGGCUUGUGCUCCUAGCAGAGAGGUGGCUGAUUGUCUGGCUCUCAUUCUGGCUACCAUGAUGCCUUUCUGCUCCCCUUGCAGCUCCGGGGCUCCCUCUCCAGGUGCCCUCCUGAGACAGCUGCCCCCUCACGGAGCUAAAGCCCCCCCCACCCUCACCCCUGCUGCUGCUGCCUGUGCUCGGGGUCAGCGCAGCCCCAGGAACCCUUCGGGACCAUCCAGCGAAGGAACCACUGAGAAUGACUCAGAGGAUUCGGAGACUUUCUGACCCUCCUCCCUGCUACCUCACACACAAUUUAGACUUUUUCAAUUUCUCCCACUGAGGAGCAACAGUGUUUUAGAGGCAGAGGGUUUGACAUGGCAUCUGUAUCUUCUGCUCCAGUGAUUUUUGUUCUUUUUAACCUGACCCCUGUGGUCCCCUGUACUGAUCAGAAUAACACAGGGUCUGCAUGCUCGCUCUCACCCCACCACGUCUUCUCUGCUCACGGGUGCUUCAAUCCAAAACAACCUCGGUACAUCUGUCUUAAGCCAUUUUUAUCUGUUUGUAUAAUUAUGUAGAAUAAUAGGGAACUGCAGUGUAAAUCUAAUCUUUUUUAUUAUUAAUGUUGUCAUACCAAAUAUUUAACUACCUACGGCAGAUAAAAAGCUUGGCAUGGUGAUACAGUAUGCAUCUUACUUUUAACAGCAACUACUGUAAGAAAAACAAAAGUUCUGCUCUCCAGCCAGAAAUCCUUUUGUGUUGCUAUUAAUACUUUUUUUAUUUUUAUUUACACGUACAUAAAAUGUAAUGUUCCCUCCUACAUUUGUUAUAACUGUAUAUAAACAAAAUUGCCUAAACAGGGUAGGUACUGCAAGUCACCUAAAGAGGUACUUGGAAAACAAAAAAUUAAAUUAAAAAAAUAUUUCUGGAACAUGCUGAGAUUAAAAUAAUGUCACUUUGUGACUGAUUGGCUUUUUGCACUUGUUUGGACAAAGGUAGCCAGGGUUUUACCAUUUGGGCAGCUCCGGAUGUCAUGCAAGUCUUAUCAAGUCAAUGAACAAACACCUUAAGAUGCCAUUAUUAAUGUAGUUAUUUAUUAUUCAAGUCUUGAAGGUACAAAUACUGCCAGCACUUAAAUGUUCAGGAGCACAGGGCCUCCUCCAGUCCUCACCGUGUCUACCUACCAGCUAUGUGCCAUUGUCUCAAUCAUUUUCAGUGCCUUGUUAAAUUGUUCUUAUUUUAAAGCAUAUAGGAUUAUGGAUUUCAAAAGUACACCUUAAAGAGGCAGUUGACCCCAAUUGGCAUGCCAAAACACUUAUUUUAGCAUUUUAAUUAAUUUAAGGAAUGUUAAUUAAUUAAUUAUUAAUUAAUUUUGUAUUUCUUCAUUUUGCAUCAUCAUCGAUAACUGCACAGCCAGUUAGUCACUUGUGUUCGGUUUUAUAUACAGUUUAAGAUGACACCCAGCAGCUGUCUAGCUUAGUUAAUUUGAAUUUAAGAUAUGAAAAGUACUUCAAGCUAAAGAAGCUAUGGCUCCCCACACAGUAUAUUAAACCAAAAGUGAACCUAAGUUUCACAAGAUGAUGUGAAAGCACUGAACUGCCUCUUGUAGAAGACAAUAUCUUAAUUCCUUAAAUUCUUCCUUAGGGACCAUGCACAUAUUUUCUAUCCUUAAGCCUAAGUCUUUUAUUUAUUGACUUAGUACAUAUUACCAAAUUAAUUCAAUACUGCGAUGAGUGUGAUAGAACAUGCAGAAUAUUGUUGGUUUUGUCUUACAAACUAAAUGGUUUUGUAUAUUGUUGAAAGAAUGGUUUAUUAGGUACUUACAUGAAUUGCUUACAUGUUUUUGUAUAUAUCCUUGAUCUGAAUCUUUGUAUGAAUAAAAAAUUAAAAAAACUACUCACUGAAAACUUAGCACAAUGUGGACAUCUCUUGUUCACUGCCAAUGUGGAGAUGUCCUUUAAAAGCACACACUGUAUUGAAAGCACAGUCUUCUCCUGCCUCUUUCUCCCCAAACUGAACUUCUGCCAUUACCCAGAAUGCACCACUCCUGACAAUCGUUGUUGUCAUGUCUGAUGAUUGUCAAACCAGUUCCUGAUGCAGUAAGACGCUGAAGGCUGUUUGUCAGCUACACUUGUUUUUUUUAUAUAAAUUGUACCAUUUCAAAAUC